GGCCCGUUUACCCGGUAGGUGGCGAAGACCCGGAUCUGUCAGUAAGAAGUCGAUCACAUGAGCCAACGGUUGGAUAUUCCACCAUCACCUGGGUUCAAUGUAGAGGCAAGAGUGUGUCCCGACUAAAGAGAUGGCUCUGCUAAUGGAGCACCAGUUCAGACAGCUGCCAGCUGACAGACAGGUGGAAACAAGACCAUUUCUGGAGGCUGUGUCAUACCUUCCACCAUUCUUUGACUGCCUUGGCUCCACUAUUUUUGCACCGAUUAAAGCUGACAUAUCUGGGAACAUCACAAAAAUCAAGGCCGUUUUUGACACCAACCCUGGACGGUUCAAGACACUCCAGCAGAUUUUGGAGGCAGAGAAGGAAAUGCAUGGAGCACAAUGGCCCAAAGUUGGAGCGACAUUGGCUCUCAUGUGGCUGAAAAGGGGCCUACGAUUUAUCCAAGUCUUUCUUCAGAGCCUGGUGGAUGGUGAGAAAGAUGACAACAACCCAAACCUCAUUCGAGUCAAUGUCACCAAAGCAUAUGAAAUAGCCCUGAAGAAGUACCACGGCUGGUUUGUGCAACAGCUCUUCAAGGCAGCUCUUUUUGCUGCUCCAUAUAAGUCAGACUUCCUGAAGGCCCUGUCCAAGGGUCGGGACGUCAAGGAAGAGGAAUGCUUGGAGAAAAUCAGAAAAUUCCUCAUCAACUUCUCUGCCACUGUUGAUGCUAUUUAUGAGCUGUACAAUAAGAUGAAUGCUGACCUUGACUACACCGUGUGACUGCUGGAUGUUCCUCUUUCCUCCGGUGAUCCGCUUAGUUUACAAAGUCAUUUACAUUAUGCAGUCCACACUUGUGCAGUCUACAUCUUGACUUGGCUCCCUUCAGGUCACCUGACAGCUCACCUUGAAAGUGUAUUUAUAAUACUUGUAAUUAUACAUCAAAUGUUUUAUCACUUUUAACCAUGUGUUUGCCUGCUCUGGUUUUCUCUGUAUGCCUUUUCCUCACUGUUGUUUUUUAUUUUGGAGCAAAAUUUUCCAAAGCAUCUGAAAUACAGCUUUAAACGCUAUAUUUCUUUAUUUUCCA